ACGACGACGACGACAACGACGACGACGACGACGACAACGACGACGACGACAACGACCACGACGACGACUACUUCAGCUCUUACUGCCCCCCGGAGAACUUCGUCUGCCUAUACUAGCAGAACCCUGACGCUGUUGGUCUUGAAGUGCAGUCAUUUUGUUUAAUAACAGUAUUAAUAAUGGCAGGCAUGAUGCAAGCGGAGACGUCAGGGACGCAUGGCGGCACUUCCGGGGCGGGAUCCGGUGCUCAACCAAGGGGUCACCCAUUGCCAGGGCCGCGCAUCUCGCACGGAGAUCACCGGCUUGUGGCUGCAGCUCGUGAUGGCGGAGUGAAGAAGCUUCGCAGGUUGCUCCAGAAGCACGGGGUGAACGUGAAUGCUCGCGAUGCUCAGACUGGCAAUACAGCUCUCAUGGUCGCUAGCCUCGUGCAAGACGCCGAUGCAAUAGCGGCUCUUCUCGAAGCAGGGGCAGAUCCUACACUUCAUAAUUAUACCGGGCAAAACUGUCUCGACUCGUUGACGCCUUCGCUGGUCCAAUAUGUGCUUCGAUCACCGGACAUUGUCGACUGUGCUGGUGUUAAAAGUGACGAAAAGCGCCUCUUGCUUGCAGCGUGGAGCGGGGCCAAAGAACAUGUCUUACGACUACUGACAACGACAAGUGUCGACGUUAACUGCACAAACGCCGAAGGCUCAACGCCAUUGACGUUGUUGUGCAGAGACCUGGGCACCUUUACGGAGCUGCACGCCAAUCAGGUGAUCGACGGGUACGAUCCCCUAGCGGUGAUACAGAUUCUCCUCGACCACGGAGUGCUUAUCCAUCGCGAUGUCAAUCACCAAGAUCGACAGGGACGCAGUUGUUUACAUUAUGCCGCGCAUACUCGAUGUGAACAUACUGCGCCUGUGAUUGCGCUCCUGCUUCACCAUGGCGCUAGAGUCGAUAUGAAGGACAAGCAUGGAUUCUGCCCCCUGCACUUCGCAUCGCAGGCGGGUUCAGUAGAAGCGCUACGACUUCUUCUGGACGCCGGCGCGGACCCGUCGGCGCCUGGACUUGGAGGAAUAACUCCUCUGCAUCUAGCCGCCUCUGCAGGUAAUACAGACGCAGUGAUCCUUUUGCUGGAGCGAAGGGCUGACGUGCUAACUUUUGCCUCAGAUGGUAAAAGUCCCCUAUGCUGCGCUGCCAAUCAGGAGGUGUACAACAUCCUUCGAGGUGCCGUGGAGGCUCGUUUGGCGUCACCGACGAACUCGACACUCAGAUCAGAAAAGAAAAAGCUCGCCCAGCUUAUUCUGCAGCAGAGUGGGCCAUCAAUGUUAGCGAAUCAGUCGGAGGAAGAUGAAGAUAGCUCAGGCACCGAGAGUCCUCAGCCGCUGUCCGAGCCAGAAGGCGCCUCAGGCGAUCAGCGUUACGACAUGCACGAGGUGGCGCCCGACGAUUUACGUCGGCGCCUUGUCGAAGAUGAUAUUCAGCUGAUGAAUCAGGUACAGAAGAUUCUUGACGAAUCGGAAUGGGAAGAGAAGAGUUCGGCAGCCACACUUGACCCUUCGGCGGCAUACCACCAUCAGACGACGAUGCCGUCCAAUUCUGUGCUCGAUCCAUCGCCAGAGGUGGCUCACCUCAGUAUUCAGGACAACCCAUUGGUCGACGAUGAGGGCCCCGACGGGCCCUGCUACUCGGUUGCUGCUAAAAAGGCCAAUGGCAGCGAAGUGCAGCCAGAACUUCCGCCGAGGUUCAGUUCAGUUUCGCGGCCGAAAGUGAAGAAACCGUCACCUCACCUAUCUAGGAUGAAGCUCGAUCGGGAGACCGCUGAGAGUUUAACAUCAGGACGACAGUCACAGAUCGAUACGAACAGUCAUUAUUAUUAUAAGUUUCCGGCCAGUUCGCAAACGAUGGGUGGUAUAACUUCAUCAGGAGGACUAAGCGGAGGCGGCGGAGGCGCGGAAAGCGAUAACGAUUCGCUAUAUACGAAGCCAGAGGAGCGGGCAGCCAUUGUGCGACCCCAACGACCGCAACCUUUGCAACAGCCCCUUAAGUUAUCCAUCCUCAAACCUACUGCCGCCGCAGCGUCUGCGGCCAAGGGCGCGUUACUCUCUAAGUUCUUGCCACCCUGGGCCAAUAGAGCUAGUCAUUUGUCUUCCGCCAGUUGGGUAUAUCUUCCCCAGGUGAGUCCGGGUGAGACGGGGGACGUUGGCUUUAGUGACGACGACGACGGGGCUUCACCAUCUCCACAACCUCCGCUUGGAAUGAACCAUGGCACAUUAAAUGCUGGUGGAGGGACGGGCACCUUGAGUUCAAACGGGUCGAGCGAUAAUAUCGUCGUACCACAGUUGCCGGCAAGGAGCAGCCUCUCGUUAACUCGGAGGGACGCUAGGAAGCCGCCCAAGAACCCUGUGGGGCCGCCGCCAGCUCUAAGCAGGGAUGCCUUACCUAAGGACGGCACGUACUGCGGCGGGGCUAUGUACGCUAACCCCACUAGGGAUUCGACAUCAAAUCUGGCUUCCCAAAUCCCUCCAAACGUCAAGGUCAUCGAUGCCCCGCAGACAAUGAGCAACGCCCGUCGAGCUAAAGGUUCGACGGCACUAAAUACACGACCAGUUAUGGGGGGUAGUCUCCGGCCUAGCACGAAGACGCCGCUUCCACAAGGAAUUCACUCAGACCCAAAGGUGGCGCCCGCCACACCAAAAUCAUUCCCCGAAAUUCCUGCAUUCUCAUCCGAUCCGCCUUUCCCAUGGGUUAAGGGCAAGCUAAUUGGUAAAGGAGCGUUUGGUCUCGUUUGGUGCGGUAUGAACGGUACCGGCCAGUUGGUUGCAGUGAAACAAUUCCAGAUACAGGAACAAGAGCAUACAGACGAAGUGCUCUCUGCCGUGCAACUCGAGGUUGACAUUCUGCAGAGUUUAAAGCAUAUGAAUAUUGUCGGCUUCCUAGGGGUACAGCAAGAUGGUGCGAGCAUUAACCUAUUUCUAGAGUUUGUCUCAGGGGGGACGCUCGCAUCGAAUCUUGCCCAGUUUGGUGCAUUCCCCGAAAGCGUAGUUCAGCGCUAUGCGCGUCAGCUUUUCCAGGCUGCUGCAUAUCUGCAUUCGCGCAGUGUUAUCCACAGAGAUAUAAAGGGUAACAAUGUGAUGGUCUGUCCGGGCACGGGCACGAUUAAAAUCAUCGAUUUUGGCUGUGCAACAUUUGAUCCCUCGGGCACGGAUCACGAGCGUUUAGCAGCAUCAGCCCGCGGAACGCCCUACUGGAUGGCUCCUGAGGUAAUUUGUCAACAAGAAUGCAGUCAUAAAUCCGACAUGUGGUCAAUCGGAUGUACACUUAUCGAGAUGUUCCAGACAAAGCCCCCGUGGUAUGAACUUUCACCUCUCGCGGCAGCUUUUGCCAUCGGGCAAGGAACAUCUGAACCAAAGUUUCCCGAACACCUUACUCAAAACGCCAGAGACAUCGUCCUCAAAUGUCUAAACAGGACGCCUUCGGAGAGACCCAGAGCAGAAGAGAUUCUUGGCCAUCCAUUCUUGCAGACAGGUGAUAUUGAAUCCAAUGCCUCAUGAUUAGACGAGACAGGUCUGGACAUUAUAGAACAAUGAAUAAUUAAUUAUAAGAAGGCAACAGUUACGACAUUCAAUUUGAAUCUCGUUCCGAUUGGCAAGCCUUGGCCAGAUCUGUUAACAAUAAGUAAAGCCAUUUUGUCCUAUGACAACGAGCUCUCAUAGUAUGGAAUGUGAGCAACAAAGGCUUUAUCACCCGCCCACCUGUCGUUAUGAGAUUCAAGAGAACGAAAAGCCCCAGUCCAUUGAAGAGGCGAACAGGAGAUAAGCGAUGUGACAAGAUGACGUCAAUAUAAUAAACUAUUCUCCCUAACGGCCUGCCCACGAGGACUAGUUCUCACCUGAACUUGAUAAAAACAUUGUGAGAUCCUAUCUGUGACAAGAGUCUAUAUAUACAUAUAUAUGUGCGUGUAUGUGUGUCUGUCAGUGUCCCAGAGGUAGUAUCUGGGAACAAUAAGAAGAUGCUAAUUGACGAGCAUUGAUUGAGUGAGACUACACGAUCUUGUAUGCAAAAAAAAUAUAAAAGUGGCAGCGAUAACUAAUAAAAGAACAGGCAGAACGACGUGAUCCUUCACACACUUCGUUAUUCAGUGAAACUCUACAGCGUUGCGGGCAGAACUCGGGCAGAAGUCGGUUAGCAAUAGAAUUAAAAAUUAGCGAAGUGAAUUAUAAAGAUUGUGAGCAAGUUUACCUAACGAAAAAAAGUGACAACAUUGAAGCUGGCGGCGAAUCUGAGUAGGCCGAUGCUGCUACUUUCUCAGCUGUUAUAUAGGAGGCAGACCACACCAAUGCCAGUGGUGAUACGGAGGACAGUCAGUCAAGGUCUCUAUUGACGACGAAGACAAUGUUCCAAUCAGCGAGUUCGCCGCGCCUAUAUGACUCAUAUUAAGUAGAGAUUAUAACUACUACCACAGACAUCAUUAAUAAUAUCAUUAUUAAGAUAGUUUACCUUGUCAACAACGUGUGUUACCAAUCGAACUGUAACAUGGAGACCGAUGCCGAACACGACGACGAUGAGGUAAUCGUGUGCGAAUUUUAAGUUCGGGAUAGGACAUGAAGAGGAAAAAGAAAACAAAAAAAAAAAAACAAAAAAAAAACAAAAAACGGAGAGGAAAGUAAGAAACGAACGCUGCCAAGCAGAAGCACGUGACUGUAGCGAAUGCUUGAUUUGACAAAACGUUUUUAAUGCCUGCCAUGCCAUUAUGUUUGACGCAGGAUAACGAUUGAUGCCGGUAUGAAUGCAGUGCUACCUGUUCAAAAGGCGAAUAUGAUGAAGACUUGUAUCUACCAUAUCUUCUGAGCGCAAUACAUAAGAGCUUGACAAACGUACGUUCGACGAGAUGGUUAAAAAGUAGGGUGCUAAAAGUGGGCCAAGAACGCAGUACGUAAUGGGUAGUGAUGAUGCGAAAUUGGGCAAACGUCAUUUAGAUACAGGGACUGAUUUACAACAUCUAAAAAAUUGACUGCUACAGCGUGCAGUACUAUACAGUUGCUACUGUGUCUGCGUGUAUGGGCGUAUGCGUGUGCUGCAUGAUAAAUCGCUGAGCACUCGCCGGUAGAAAUUCAAGCAACUAACUGAUAUAUAACGACUCCGACCCACGAUACUUUGUAGCUUCCAUAAGUGAUACUGAUAAAUCCUAUUAGUAAAAAGGCUGCUAUGACAGUUAUUGACAACACUAACCAUUAUUGCUAAAAAUACUCUAAAUAGUACGUUUAUUAUUAUCAAUACAACUAUUUACUGCUACUAAUAUUAUGGAAGAAGUCACCACAUGGAGAUAUAUACAUAGGGGAAAAAGGAAAAAAUCUAGAACCACAGCUAGAAUGAAAUUAUAUAGUUGAACGAGUGUCAAAAGAGAGAUACUACGAACAGUUGUAAACGUGAUAGAGAUCUGAAAAUAUAAGA